CAUCUUCUUCGUUGUCGUCUUCUCAAAUUAGCUUCAUCUUCUUCCUUUGAACUUUUAAUCUGGUUUCCACGAUCCGAUCUUAGGUUUUUCGUGUCAUAUCCUCUCUUUCAUCCCGCAUCGAAGUUUCUUCUGAGAUCUCUGCGUUUUUUUAAUUGGAAUCGAAAUUAGAGAAUUAGGGCUUUUUUCCGUUGGGUUUCGAAGAGCAUAAGAUAAAGAAUGCCUUCGGUGCCCUCUAAGCUUCUCCUCCUCCUCCUUUUGAUUCCUUCUUUGACUCCUUAUCACUCUGGUUUGUCCUCCAAUCGUUGGCGUGGUAAUCUUAGUUAACGUUGCUCGAUUCUACCUCCUUUUUAAAACCUUCAACAAGCAAAAAAAAAGUUCCUCCCUUUUUUUUCGGCGUUGAUCGAUUUGCAAGUUUACAACCCACAAAAGUUACUAUAGUUAGUUGGAUAUGAGCUCUGUUUGUGGUGGUGAGUUGGAUUUUAAAGAUGCUGACUUUGAGAUCUCGGCUUCGAGUCCUCCCACGCGAUGCUCCUCUGAUGGCUCGAAGCAUUCCUCGCAUCAUGCUGGAUCUGAUGAUUCUCAGGAGUCUGAUGGAGAUGAAACUGGUUAUAUAAACCAAACCGGGGGUGAUGAAUCAGCCUUGGAGUCUUUACCUCUCAAGUCUUCAGAUGAUGAAGACAAGGAUGAGAACCUUACUACUACUACACCAGUUGUUCUCAUCCCUGCCGUAAAAGGCAGCCGGGAGAAGCAUGGCUUGUCACUGAAGAAGUCGAGUGUUUCAUGGGCGGACGACGUGUAUGAUCCUCCUCCCUCCAUAGCCUCGCACACAAGACACAAGAAGCAGCCGCAGAAAUCCAAAAGCAAAGACAGCCACAAGAAGACCGGGAAGAAAGGGCAGAAGAACAAAGACAGCUCUUCUUCUCGUAGUGGCAAGAACAAGAAGCAAGCUUCUCGCAAACUCAGUUACGAAAAAUUUGAUUGGGUUACUCAGAUGCCUAUAGUUGCAGCAUCUUCUUAAAUGGCACUGCCUUCUCUAAUAGUCAAGCAGAUCUUCAUCUCACAUCUAUGAGCUUGCCUCUUUCCUUUGUCUAAUAAAUAAUAAAAUAACUUAAUGUGUGUGUUUGUUUCCUGUUGAGUUUUUAAAAAACUUUUCUUAUGGGUAAUGGUUGUUACUAAACACUAUUGUGCAGCUUUUGUUUAAAUUUAUUGCAUGUGAAGAAUAACUCAAUGAAACCUUGUUAUUGAA